UAAAUUUCUCGGGAUAUAGAUGGAGGCACUUUGACCCCAACAAAAGCAGAAGCCCUCAGCUACUUCCACAAAAACCCUAAUAGCAAACGCCAUUAAAUGGAAUUCGACGAGAUCGAGUAUCUGGAGAAAACCGUAGAGGAAGCGGAAGAUCGAGACGAUUCGAAGAAGAGGAACAGCAGCAGCAGCAGCAGCAAAAAGAGAGAUGGAACCGAGAGAAGUUACAGGAAGCGAGAGGUCGAUGAUGAGGAUGUCGACAACGAUGAGAACCGAAAGGUGAAGAAAUCGAAAGCUGAGGACGAGAAAGGUCGUGAUCACCACCGGAGAGACCGAGAUAGAGAUAGAGAUAGAGAUAGAGAUAGAAGUAGUAGAGAGAAGGAUAGAGACAGAGAGAGAAGUGGCCAUAGGGAGAAAGAGAAGGAGAGAGAGAGGAGAGAGAAAGAUAAGGAGAGGGAAAGGAUAGAGAGGGAGAGAGAGGAGGAGAGAGACCGGAGAGAGCGAAGCAGGAGCCGGUCAAGGAGGCAUGAAAGCGAUUCUCGCGAGAAGGAAAAAGAGAGAGAGAUUGAUACAAGAGAAAGCAGUGUUUUGGUUGGCAGGAGAUUUAAAGAUAAGAAAGAAGCUGUGGAGCCUGAAGCAGAUCCAGAAAGGGACCAACGAACUGUUUUUGUGUACCAGAUGCCUUUAAAAGUGACAGAGAGAGAUGUUUAUGAAUUCUUCUCAAAAGCGGGCAAGGUGAGGGAUGUUCGAUUGAUAAUGGAUAGAAAUUCAAGGCGGUCAAAAGGAGUUGGGUAUGUUGAAUUCUAUGAUGCAAUGUCUGUGCCGAUGGCAAUAGCUCUUUCAGGUCAACUCCUUUUUGGGCAACCUGUAAUGGUCAAGCCUUCUGAGGCUGAAAAGAAUCUGGUUCAGUCUAGUGCUUCUAGUGGGGGCACAAGUGGCGUUGCUGGACCAUUUGGACCUGUUGACAGAAAACUAUAUGUUGGAAAUUUGCAUUUUAACAUGACCGAAAUGCAGCUUAGACAGCUUUUUGAACCAUUCGGUACUGUGGAGCUUGUACAACUGCCUCUUGACCUUGAGACAGGACAAUGCAAAGGUUUCGGAUUUGUUCAAUUCACUCAACUUGAAAAUGCAAAGGCUGCACAAAGUGCUUUGAAUGGAAAAUUGGAGAUUGCUGGUCGAACAAUUAAGGUUUCAUCUGUUACAGAACAUGGUGGGCAGCAAGACACUGGAGCAAAAUCUGCAGACUUCGAUGAUGAUGAUGGUGGUGGAUUGGCCUUGAAUGCUCAAUCAAGAGCAUUGCUUAUGCAGAAGCUGGAUCGCACUGGUAUUGCUACAAGUAUUGCAGGCUCUCUCGGAGUACCUUUGCUAAAUGGUUCAGCUUCGAAUCAACAAGCCAUUAGCUUGCCUAUCAUUGGGCAAACUGCUAUUGGAGCAGCAGCACUUUCAGCACCAGUUUUAUCUUCCCCUGCCUAUGAACCUAUUGGGCAACCCAGCGAGUGUCUAUUGUUAAAGAAUAUGUUUGAUCCAGCCACUGAGACAGAACCAGAUUUUGAUUUGGACAUUAAAGAGGAUGUAGAAGAAGAAUGUUCAAAGUAUGGUCAGGUGGAACAUAUUUUUGUGGACAAGAAUAGUACUGGUUGUGUUUAUCUACGGUUUGGCAGCAUCGAAGCAGCUGCUGGAGCUCAGCGUGCAAUGCAUAUGAGAUGGUUUGCACGCAGGUUAAUUUUAGCAGUUUUCAUGCCGACCAGUGAAUAUGAAGCAAGAUUUCAAAUUGGAGCUUGAAUGAGGGGCGCAGGGAAGGAAUCUCUUGUAACAGUUUUCAGCAUAGUAGUCUCAACAUCCUUUUUUCCUGGGAUGAUAAUUUAUGCAUCCUCGUUAUACGAAGCUCACAUGAUAAUCUUUAAUGAGUUCCCCAGCUGACUGUAUUCUUAAUUUUCUUCUCUGUUUUAGGUUUUGUUUCUUUAGUCCGUUGGUGCAUUGUUGUGUAGGUAUCUUAAGCUUUUGACCCCCACGAAGUAGUAUUAGCUUGAUUUGGAUACACUCGUGUUCGUUGGAUGAAAUAAAAUAUACUCGUGUAGGUUGGGCAGGCA